AUGUUGGAGAAACCAGGCCUCUACGCCCGAGUGGCGGCAUACACCGUCCUCCUCAUUUGGAACGAGGUUAAAUUCUUGCUCAACACUGCCAUCGUCAGGAAGAAGGCCGCCUGGUUCGGGCCCGCCGUCCCUGAGGAGCGAACGCGCAAUAUUGUCAUUAUUGGCGCUUCGUUUGCUGGCCACUAUGCUGUUCGCCUGAUCGCCAACAGCCUCCCCCCGAACAGCCCGUUCCGAGUCAUUGUAAUUGAGCCGAGCAGCCAUUUCGUCUUCACCUGGGUCCUGCCCCGGUUCUGCGUGGCCAAGGGCCAUGCGCACAAGGCCUUCAUCCCCUACGGAGGCAACAUUGAGGGUGUGCCUGAGGGCGCCGUGAGGUGGAUCCAGGACAAGGUUGUUGCUAUCACCAAAGACAGCGUUCAGCUGAAGAACAGCGACGAGCAGAUCCCUUAUGAGUAUUUGAUUGUCGCCACUGGAUCUGGCGUUAAGGACGGUCUUCCUUCCCGUGUCCAUGAGACCGAGAAGGCUGAAGGUGUCAAGAGGGUACAAGAAAUGCAGCAAAACAUCGAGAAGGCUAAUAAGUUGGUGGUGGUUGGCGGUGGCGCUGCGGGUGUCGAGGUUGCGACAGACGCCAAGUCCGUAUAUCCCAACAAGUCUGUGACGCUUGUUCACUCCAGGAGCGCCUUGAUGCACCGGUUCGGUCCCGGGCUCCAGAAGGCAGCUCUGGAGGGAAUGCAGAAGCUUGGGGGCGACGUUAUUCUCGAGGACCGUCUGGUUAGCCACGAUGCUGAAGCAGCCACAGUGACACUUCAGUCGGGCAAAGUCCUUGAGUGCGAUUUACUGAUCAAUUGUACCGGCCAAAAGCCUCACUCUGAACUAAUCGCCCAGCUUUCCCCGUCUUGCAUUUCCGAAACGGGACACAUCAAGAUCAAGCGAACGCUUCAGAUUGCUGAUGACACUUACCCUAAUAUCUACGUCUGCGGCGAAGUCGCCGACACGAAGACACCAAAUCCCAAUGCCCGCUCCGCUUCUCGGCAGGCCUGGGUGGUGGCCGCCAACAUCCUGAAGCUUGUUCAGGGGAAGAAGCCGACUGAAAAGUAUGAGAACUUCUGGGCGGAUGGCCUGAUUAAACUCACGCUUGGUCUCGAUCGCUCCGUGACGCAUUUCGGCGAUGGAAAGGCCGAGCUUCUCUUCGAAAGCGUCGAGAAGGAUGAAGAGCUCAUGGCGGCUGUUUGCUGGUCUCGAAUGGGAAAGAAGCCCUAUGAGGAUGACUACCUGAAUAAGCCUGAGCUCAAAGCCAAGGUCGAGUGCGCCUAA